UUCGCAGUCAAACGCGCUGUGAUUGUAAAGUGUUGUGGGACCGUAUGCGCGCCCUCACAUUGAUGAAGCUGAGGCAUCUUCUGCCAGCCAAUGAUCACAUUCCAGACAUCACCGCUAAAGCCAGACUCACCCAGACAGACUGGCUGCUGUAUGACCUGGUGUUGGUGCAUGAGGAUAUCAAUGUAAUUGGUGAGGAUACAAAGGUGGAUGAGGAGCAGGAAGCAUUAGUGGAGCUGUUCUUCAAAGUUCAGGAGUGCAGCAUAGAGGAGCUUUCUGGUGAAAAAUUAGUUGAUGCGUGGUUGAAACUUACUAAGGAAUACAAUGAGGGAAAUCGCAAAUGCUCGUCAAUGUUACUACAGCGCAGGUGGUACCAGCUCAAGGAGCGGACACGCAACAGGUUCUACAACUUUUGGUGGAACUACCAUGGCAACCCCUCACUGCUACGUAAAGCCUGUGAAAUGUACAAGGCUAGCGAACUGCUUGUGGAUAUUGGGAGGGCCUACAGGCAUAUUAUAACACAGCCCUUUCCCUCUUGGACUGACAUGAUAAAGGAGAAGAAGGUCAUAUUACUGGAUGAAUUUAAAGCAAGGAUAUAUUCGCAAAGAGUUACAAAUCUCAGUAAAUUCAAUCCCAGCUCACAAGUUAUCGAAAUCCCAAUUGGAACAAUCACGCAUGAAAAUGACUCAACCAAUGAAAGCAGUGAUUAUUUACAUACAAAAGACAAAACACUGCCGAGAAAAGACGCUUCUAAUACCGACAAAUUUUGUGACAUAAAUAUAAAAAAGAAGCAAAUAUUGAUUGACGAUGAUAAUAUUGAUACGGCGCUAAAGAGCAUUAACGAUAGCCCAACAGGGUCAAAUAAUAUAGAAAAACGUAAUACUAAAGAACAGGCAAGAACAUUAGUUAGCAUUGGUAUUACAGAAGAAAACGAAGCUGCUAUUGAAAUUUCAGCUAAAAUAAUUAACGAUGAAGAUGUCGUAAUUCAAGAUUUCAAAAAAGACAUGUCAAAUCUUGACUUUACUCUACCAAUUAUAACUAAUGUUAGAAGGAAUACUAUAACUGUAGACGCUAAACAACCUGAAGCAGGUAGUUAUGUUGGUCCUAAAUGUCCUGUCCAACUUAAUGAAAAUGAUCAGUUAAUUGCGGAAACAGUAAUGCAUAAUGUUUGUAUUAAAGAUAUAGUUGAUGAUAUUUUUGAUAACUCAUUAGAAGCAAAAGAAUCCAUAGUCAAUCGAAAUCUAUCAACAGUUACUGAUAUAAACCGGAACUUAUCAGUGCAAAAACAGAAAGGAAGUGAUGUUAAGAACUGUUCACAAAAAGAAAUCGAUCAAACUAAUUAUUUUUUAGAUAACUUUUUAAGGGAUAUAGAUAAGACGCUAAGUUACGAGACAGAAAUAAUUAAGGAUGAAGCAGUUGUAAUUCCGGAUUUAAUAGAAGAUAUAUCCAAUCUUGACUUCACUCUACCAAUUAUAACAAAUGUUACAAGCAAUACUAUUACUGAAGUCGCUAAACAACCUGAAGAAAAUAGUUAUGUUGGCUCUAAAUGUCCUGUGCAACUUAAUGAACUUGAUCAGUUAAUUGCGGAAAACGAAACAGUAAUGCAUAAUGUGUGUCUUCAAGAUGUAGGUAAUGAUAUUUUUGAUAUCUCCUUAGAAGCAAAAGAAUCCAUAGUUAAUCGAAACCUAUCAACAGUUGCUGAUAUAAACUGCAACUUAUCAGUGCAAAAACAGAAGGAACGUUAUGUUAAGAACUGUUCACAAAAAGAAAUCAUUCAAACUAGUUAUUUUUUAGAUGACUUUUUUGUGGAUAUAGAAAAGACGCUUAGUAACGAAAGCGCAUUGAACAAUUUGGGGAAAAUACCGAGUGGCAUACAAUCAGAUCAUGACAGAAUGGUACUGGAAGAUAACGGAUAUCCCGUUAAGAAAGAAGUUACUGAUGCAUGGUUGGUAGACAUAAGGAAAAAUCCUAAAUCAAAAUGUUUUAAGAAAUUGAAAUUCGAUAACUUGCAACAGGAGCUUCAGGACCUAGUAUGUUUGGAAGAGACUUCUGUAUGCUGUGACAAUAUUUCAACAACAGUUACUUCUAAAGAAAUAACAACGCCAAUUACGGCACUAGAAACAAUAUCUACUGAUGUUGUAGCAGAAAUCAUGAGCCCUAAUAAGGUUAAACAUUUACCAGACUUAAAUGAGAUGCCUUGUGUUAACCAGAAUUUAUUCACUGCUGAAGCUUCACCGAUUCACACAAAAAUAGCUACAGACUUUAUAUUAGCUCCCGCAAAUAUCAAUAAAUUUCAAACUUCUACUUCUACUAUAAAUAACCACCAAUCUGUUUAUAAUAUACACAAACAGUAUACUAAUAGAGUAGCCAAUACUUUAUAUAUAGCCGUAAAAGUUCUGAAUGGCCCUAUCUUUAAAAUGGCACAAAAGGAGGAACAGAAUAGUAAAAUACAAAAUAUCAAGGAAAAAAACAAACCAAGACCUCCUAUACCCUGGUUUAAAAAUGCGUUGAAUUUCACUUCAUAUAAUAAACACAAACUGCUGACUAAUACCACUGUUGAUAGAAUACUCUUAAUAUUUACUUGGGAAAAUUUAUGUAAACAUACUGUGCUGGUUACAUCUAUCGUUAAAAGGAAAAUAAAAAGGCAAAUGAAUAAAACAUCUGCAUCAAAAAAAAGAAGAGCGCAAAGAAAAAUGAAUCGAAAGAAUGCGGAGACAACCAAAAAGUGUUACAGAAACAGGGUCAACAUAAAUGAUAAUGUUAAUUUGACGAAAACUGAUUACACGAUAGUGGAACCAAAUAAGGAGGGUGGUAAAGUUCCAGCCCAACACGAUGCCAAUGCGAUGAACAAUGCUAAUAAUUCAUUCGAAGAAAUUCAAUCCGCUGUAAGAAGCAUCGCGAAACCUUGCUAUUGCUGGGAAAAAGAUAAUUCGCAAAAAGUUGAAUCACUGAAAAAGCCUUGGUGUUCUAAUGCGAUAUGUCGUUGUAGAGAUUUAUUAGUAAAUGAUUCACUAAGAAGAUACGAUAAAGAGAAGACAGAGUUAUCCAAUGGUGAGUCUCCUAAUGACACCCCUAGCUUAUCCACAUACAUACAACAUACUUCAUCGUUGAGGAAGACUGAAUAUUCAUCAAAUUUUAGAAAGUUCGAAACUGAUACCGUAACGGAAACAGGUGCAUCAAGUACAAAAAACAAUCUUGCAUAUUUCAUUGAUAUUAGUGAAGAUAAACUGACAACAGAUGAAUAUUACGAUAAUUGCGUUAACGUGACUAAACAUUUGGAUAGUAUUGCAAUAGAUAAUUCGAAAAACAUAGAUGUUCUUUCAGAUAUUAAUCGCAAAACGUUACUGUCGGAUUUAAUGGAAAUGUCUGGCAUAAGAAAUGAUGACAUUGAAACCAGCAAAGGCCAACAUACAGCAGAUGAAAAUCAACCCAAUGUUGCAAUUGAUAAAUCAAAAAAUAUAGCUCUACCAAAUAUAAAUCGAAAGAUGUUACUGUCGAAUUUAGUGGAAAUAUCCGGUAUAACUGAAGGUAAUUCAAAUACCAGCAAUUUAUCACAGUUAGAAACGCCAUUCCAAGAGUGGGCAAUUGAAGUUCAUGGUACUAACAUGGUAACUACGUACUUGGGCGAAUAUCAACCGUCGUCCCAUAAUAAAAUAGAUGAUUUUCAAAUAACUUUAGGUCAUACAGUAUUUGAAAUAUUAGCUAGUCGACCUAAUCUUCACAUAAUUACCUCAUUCGAUGAAUUCAAAUGUGCAUCACAAAAAAAAGCUACUUUCUUCAAAUUGGAUGUUAUGAGUGGCGAAAUGGUGAGUUUUAAUAUGUAUUCACAAAAGAAACAGAAAUUUUUAUUACGAAAAGCAGAAGCAUCAGUCGGCGUCAAAGAAUGUAUAGAUUUAACUGACGAUGUAGAAGAUACCCAAGUAAGUAGCUCAAGCCGGGAAGGUCAUUCAAAAAUUUUAAAUAAAAAAACAGAAAAUGUUCAGACAGCAAUGCCGAUAAAAUUAUUCAGGUCGAUACAUCCAUCCAUAGUACGAAAGAGAAAAGGAAAUACUCAAACCUAUGAUACUACAAAUAAUGAUAUAGAAAUAGAUGUGAUAAAUAAUGUAGCACAGCAGCCUCCUUACAAAAUUUAUGACAAUGAACCUCUUGAGAAGAUCGUCAAACAGAGUUACGAUUCAAAAACUGAACCAGAAUAUAAACAUGAACUUGAUAUGCCACAUAUUUAAGAACAGGGUGAUAUUUUUUAGGUUUCUUUAUUUGUUAAAGCAACAAAAAUAUCAAGUGUACAUGGGAAU